ACAAAACGACUCCGUAAGGGCAGAUCAAAUCCAAAUCCAAGGUUUCCGAUAGAUUUACUGUCCCUAAAUAUGAUCAGUAAGAAAACCUUUUUUUACCACAACCGGGUAGGAAUGGAUCCGAAAAGGUUGGUCAUGGGUCGAAAAUAACGGGUUGUUUGUUCCCAGCUUCGAGAGUGUUUGGGGGGGUGUCUUUGCAAAUUUGAAAAGUUUAAACAGCCAGAGUUUAGGGUUUCUCACUUUCUCAAGAAAAAAAAAAGAAAAUAAAGAUUUUCACUCCCGAUCAAACGAUCAAUCUCUCACAGUCUCACUCCAAUCUGCGAAGACUCCUUUUUCCCUUAAAAUUUUUCAUCUUUAAUAUCCUUUUCAACCCAUAAUUUUCCCUUCAGUUUUUUCAAGAUUUAUAUUUGCAGGUACUGCCUUGGAAAAUUCAUGAAUUUGAUCAACAAAAAGCAAGUGCAGAUUGCUUCAAAAAGAAUAGAAUACGCCAGGUACUAAAACAUAAUUUGCUCACAAAGAAAGACAUUUUAAUGAAAUAGUACUGUGCGGUGGAUUAGUAUGGAUGUCCAUGUGAUUGAUUCAGAAGAGGGUAUGAGCCAUCGUGGAAUGUCAGAUGAUGGGGAUGCUGAACCCGGUGAAAGUGGAGAAGCAAAUCAUGAUGAGGAUGGGAUUUCUGAGCCAUAUGUUGGUAUGGAAUUCGGUUCUGAAGAUGCUGGUAAAACUUACUAUGAUGAAUAUGGUAGACGUAUGGGAUUUAGCUCCAAAGCUGGUCAGCUUACGCGUUCCAAAACUGAUGGGACAAUAGUUGCUAGGGAGUUUGUCUGCAGCAGAGAGGGUUUGAAAAGAAGAUCUGCUGACAGUUGCGAUGCAAUGCUUAGAAUAGAGUUAAAGGGAGAUAAGUGGGUUGUUACAAAGUUUGUGAAGGAGCAUAGCCAUUUAGUGAUGAGUCCUAGCAAAGUGCAUUACCUUCGUCCCCGCAGGCACUUUGCCGGUGCUGCAAAGACCAUGCCUGAUAGUUACCAAGGAGUGGGAAUUGUACCAAGCGGUGUGAUGUAUGUUUCUAUGGAUGGAAAUCGUGUCUCCAUGGAUGCAAAUAAUCGUGGUGUUAGGAGCACUCCUCCAGCAGAAGCAAACCGCGCAGUUAAGAACAUUGGGACACCGAAUUAUACUGUAAGGCCAGUUAACAGAAAGAGAACACUGGGAAAGGAUGCUCAAAAUCUGCUUGAUUAUUUCAAGAAAAUGCAGGCCGAGAACCCUGGUUUCUUUUAUGCAAUACAGCUGGAUGAUGAUAAUCACAUGGCUAAUGUGUUUUGGGCUGAUGCAAGGUCAAGGACAGCCUAUAUGCAUUUCGGUGAUGCUGUGAAACUGGAUACAAGUUGCAGAGUAAAUCAGUAUAGGGUGCCCUUUGCUCCAUUUUCAGGGCUGAACCAUCAUGGUCAGACAAUUUUGUUUGGUUGUGCAUUACUACUAGAUGAUUCUGAGGCUUCCUUUGUUUGGCUUUUCAAAACAUUUCUUACAGCAAUGAACGAUCGUCAACCUGUCUCUUUAAUCACUGAUCAAGACAGAGCCAUACAGAUAGCAGUGUCUCAGGUGUUUACAGGUGUUCGACACUGUAUUAAUAAGUGGCAUGUUUUAAGAGAAGGCCCAGAGAAGUUGGCUCAUAUUUGUCAUGUGCAUCCUAAUUUUCAGGUGGAACUGUAUAAUUGCAUAAAUUUGACUGAAACUAUUGAGGAGUUUGAAUUAUCUUGGAGUUCUAUUAUUGAAAAGUAUAAACUUAGCGCACAUGAUUGGCUUCAGUCAUUAUAUAGUGCCCGAGCUCAAUGGGUCCCUGCCUAUUUUCGGGAUUCCUUUUUUGCUGCAAUAUCUCCCAAUCAAGGAUUUGAUGGCUCUUUUUUUUAUGGUUAUGUGAAUCAACAAACCACAAUACCUAUGUUCUUUAGACAGUAUGAACGAGCAAUAGAGAACUGGUUUGAAAGGGAGAUUGAAGCUGAUUUUGACACAAUUUGUACAACACCACUCCUGCGGACACCAUCACCAAUGGAGAAACAGGCAGCAAAUCUAUAUACAAGGAAAAUAUUCACAAAAUUUCAAGAAGAACUAGUUGAAACUUUUGUUUACACUGCUAAUAGAAUUGAAGGUGAUGGAGCUAUUAGCACAUUCAGAGUUGCAAAGUUUGAGGACGACAACAAAGCUUACAUAGUUACAUUAAACUAUCCUGAAAUGAGAGCUAAUUGUAGUUGUCAAAUGUUUGAGUAUUCAGGCAUCCUCUGUAGGCAUGUUUUGACAGUCUUCACUGUGACAAAUGUACUUACACUACCAUCUCAUUACAUCUUGAAGCGAUGGACACGAAAUGCAAAGUCUGGGGUUGGAACAGAUGAACGUGGUGGUGAAUUGCCUUGCCAAGAGUGCCUAACAGCACGGUAUAAUAGUUUAUGUCGGGAAGCAAUUAAAUAUGCAGAAGAUGGAGCAAUAGCUACAGAGACUUAUAAUGUUGCCAUGGGUGCUCUUAAGGAAGGUGCGAAGAAGGUUUCUGUUGUAAAGAAAAACGUUGCACCCCCUGGCCAGGCCAGUGGUGCUGCCUAUAAUGACAGGAAGAGCUCAAAUUCUGCUCCAGAUACAGCCCCUUUGCUGUGGCCUCAGCAAGAUGAAAUUUCACGGCGAUUCAAUCUUAAUGACACUGGUGCUCCAGCUCAAUCUGUCUCAGAUUUGAAUCUGCCACGUAUGGCACCGGUUUUCCUUCAUCGGGAUGAUAGUCUUCCUGAUACCAUGCCGGUUCUUCCUUGUUUGAAGUCAAUGACUUGGGUAAUGGAGAAUAAGAAUCCAACAUCUGGAAAUAGAGUGGCAGUCAUUAAUUUAAAGUUGCAAGAUUAUAGCAAGAAUCCAUCAGCUGAAUCGGAGGUUAAGUUUCAGCUCUCAAGGGUUACUUUGGAACCUAUGCUGAGGUCUAUGGCUUAUAUUAGUGAACAGCUUUCCACCCCGGCUAAUAGGGUUGCUGUCAUCAAUUUGAAGCUUCAAGACACCGAGCCUACUACAGGAGAGUCGGAGGUUAAAUUCCAGGUGUCCAGGGAUACAUUAGGUGCAAUGUUGAGAUCGAUGGCCUACAUUCGGGAGCAGCUUUCAAAUGUUAGUGAACCACAAGCAGAGCCUUUAUCAAAGAAGCAUAGGAAAUAAAGGCAUUGAAGUUGGGAUGAGUCUCUGGUCUUUCAUUGGUCACAGAUUGCAAAGAUGAUGGGAUGCUCUUGCUUGUGGCCUGUAUUGAAUGGAUUU